AAGGGCAGGAAGCAAACGGGCAGGGAGUGGAAGUGGAGGUGGGCAGGCCUCAUUGGCAACGGACAGGCCGCCCUAGCAACGGCGAGGACGAAGCGACCGGGGGGGGGGUGGAGAGGCCGGAGCUCCCCCCUCAUAGAAUGAUAAAAUGGUAGAGUCGGAAGGGACCCUGGUGGUCAUCUAGCCCAACCCCCCGCGAUGCAGGAUUCUUUUUUUGCCCAACGUGGGGCUCGAACCCGCGAUGCUAUAGGAGCGCAGGAAGCUGCUUUAGUAUUCCGAAUCGUAUCACUGGCCCACCCAGCUCAGCGUUGCCUACUACUCUGGCGGGCAGCGGCUCUCCAGGGGUUUCAGGCAGGAGUCUCUCCUUAGCCCCCCUAGUGAUCCGGCAAUAAAACCACUACUAGGGCAUUUGCAAACCUGAGCGGCGUCCGGUGUGGUUUCACAUUGGGUGGGGGACCGUGUGUUGGGAUUUCUUGUAUCGUAAGGGGGUUGGACUAGAUCAGUGUUUCUCAACCUUUUUUGGGCCACGGCACACUUGUUCCGUGAAAAAAAUCACGAGGCACACCACCAUUAAAAAAGUUAAAAAAAUUAACUCUGUGCCGCCCUAUAUUAUAAUUAUGACUGUAAGAAACACUUGCCAAAUAUUGCUUUCCGGCGGGUCAGUGCUGUGCACGUGACAAUGCAAAUCGCCCUUCUCAUCGCCGCACGUCGUGGCACACCAGCCAGCGUCUCGCGGCACACAGUGGUUGAGAAACGCUGGACUAGAUGACCCUUAGGGUCCCUUCCGACUCUACGGUUCUAUGAUUCUGUCUGGAGAUGCCCGGGAUUGACACUCCCAGGACCUUGCUGCGUGCAAAGCAGAUGCUCUGAUGUUGAAAUAAUAAGGCCACCUCCACCCCAAGUGUUUGGAUGCAGGGAAAAGGCCCUGCUCAGGAAAUGCAGCCCUUCAGAAAAAGUCACCUAAUCUUGAAGUUGACAAAGGAAUUAUUUCUCUUCCAAGAAAGAAAACCUGGGAUAAGUUAGCAGUUCUUCAAGCUCUUGCAUCAACUGUAAAGAGGGAUCCCACAGCUCCUAACUACAUGUUUCAAGAUGACCCUUAUCUUACUCCUAGAACCACUACUGAGUUUCGUUUAUUUUCCUUAUCAAAAGAAUCUGGGGAAAAUGCAGCCAGAUUUAUUAUUGACAGACAUCCUAAGCUUUUUGAGAUUGACAUAGCUGAACCUCACAUACCGUGUCUCAUGCCAGAAAAAUUGUCAUUGCAACCUGAGGAAGUGGGUGAGGAUGCACUUAAAUAUCACAUCCAUUUCAGAAAACUAAAAGCUUCAGUGGACAUGUAUGAUCAACUCAUGCAAGCAGGAACUUCUGUAUCUCUGGAGACAUCAAACAGCCUUCUCGAUCUCCUAUGUUUUUAUGGUGAUAGAGAACCUGAUCAGCAGAACUCCACUGAAAAUAGCAGCGAAUUGGAACAACCGGAGGAAGCUUCAGAAGAAAGAAAAAAAAGGAGAAACUGGCAGAAUGGGAGCCGUGGGCUUAAGUGGAGGGAGAACAAUAACGCCGAAAGAAUAUUUAACCUAAUGCCAGAAAAAAAUGCACAUUCAUAUUGUACAAUGAUCAGAGGAAUGGUGAAGCAUAGAGCAGCUGCAAAAGCUUUUGACAUGUACACUGAAUUAUUGAAUAACAGACUUAAGGCUGAUGUUCACACCUUCAAUGCGUUAAUCGUAGCAGCUUCAGAAGUGCGGGAAAAGUACACUGAAAGAUGGGGACUUGUUGAAGACUUGCUGAACCAAAUGGCUCAACAGAAGAUACAGCCAAAUCUACUCACUUUUAAUUCUGCCCUGAAGACUCUACGGUGGUGUGGUGCCUUUGGCAAGAGUCUGGCUCUUAGCACACUAAAUGAGAUGAAGGCACUAAAUAUAAAGCCUAGUCUUGCAACAUUUGACCAUCUUCUUGGCGUCUUUUAUAAACCAGCAUCUUCUCGAGCCGAAACAGAAAUUAUCUAUGAUGUAAUGGAUGAGAUUAAGGGAAAGAGUUUUUACCCACAGGACCCAGACGAUGGCAACUUUUUUUCAAGUGCUAUGAGAAUAUGCCUGGACCUCAAGGAUCUUCAGCUCGCCUAUGAGCUACAUAGAGUGGUGGAGACAGGAGAGAACAGGAAAAUGUUGGGAGACAUGGGCCAGCAGACUGCUUACUGUGGAAGGUUUUUUAACCUGCUGUGCAUGAUGGAACAGCUUGACGUUGUAAUGAAGUGGUAUAAAGACCUGGUCCCAUCAAUGUUUUACCCAAACUCUCAAGGGAUGCUGGAGCUUCUUUAUGCAUUGGACACAGCGAACCAUUUGGAAAUGAUUCCCCAGAUUUGGAAAGAUAUCAAGCAGCUUGGACAUGGCCGCAGAUCUGCUAUGACAGAAGAGGUUCUGGCCCUCAUGGCCAGAGAUACGCAGCCUCCAGAGACUCGAGUAGCAUUUGCUGACUGUGCUAAAGAUAUAAAAUCUAUCUAUGAGGCACAGGAAAGGAGACAAACACCCCUAGAAUGGACAGUCACUUCGCUGGGUAAUUGUACUAUAUUGUUUGCCAGGGCUGGGCGAAUGCGGGAAGCCUGGAACAUGCUGCAGCUGUUUAAGAAACACAAUCGAAUCCCCAGUGAUUUGGUGAUGGGUGAAGUCUUCAACUGCAUUAAGCAAAGCAAAGAGCCAAGUCAGGCCCUUGACCUAGUAAAGUUUGCUGCAGACUUCAGUUUACAAUCGACUUCAAAGCUUGCCAGGAGAGCUCUGGAAGAAUUCCAGCUCUCUGAAGACCAAAGGAAAGCUCUGGCUGAUAUGACAGCAGAAAGCAGUGACAACAGUGAUGGCGAAUAGAUGCCAGGAAGGGACCCCUCUUUCCUGAAAAAAAGGUUGCCUCUGAUCUGGCAUGUGGCAGUCAAAAUGGCUAUACUGGACUUCGCCUGGUAGAGUUGCUAAUUUUACAUUCACUGUCCUGAUUGCUGACUAAUCUGUACUGGGCAUUAACCUCAGGCAUGUCCUGUGUUGGGGAGACUUGUCCCCUUUGCAUGUCACCUCACUCUGGAAAGCUAGAAUUUCCUACCUGGAGCAGAGCAAAAAGACAGCAAUUCCAUUGCCUCCACAAAAAUGGUUAAAAAUAAAGCUUAAUGCAGUUUUCUUGC